AUGCGCCCCUCGCCCGCGCUGGCUCUGGCCGCGCUCUGCCUGCUGGCGCUGCCUGCCGCCGCUGCCGCCGCCUACUUCGGCCUGACCGGGCGGGAGGUCCUGACGCCCUUCCCAGGGCUGGGCACUGCGGCGGCCCCAGCUCAGGGCGGGGCCCACCUGAAGCAGUGCGACCUGCUGAAGCUGUCCCGCCGGCAGAAGCAGCUCUGCCGGCGGGAGCCUGGCCUGGCGGAGACCCUGCAGGAUGCUGCCCACCUCAGCCUGCUCGAGUGCCAGUUCCAGUUUCGGCAUGAGCGCUGGAACUGCAGCCUGGAGGGAAGGACAGGCCUGCUCAAGAGAGGUUUCAAGGAGACGGCCUUCCUGUACUCGGUGUCCUCAGCUGCCCUCACCCACACCCUGGCCCGGGCCUGCAGUGCCGGGCGCAUGGAGCGCUGCACCUGCGAUGACUCCCCGGGCCUGGAGAGCCGGCAGGCCUGGCAGUGGGGCGUGUGUGGCGACAACCUCAAGUACAGCACCAAGUUCCUGAGCAACUUCCUGGGGCCCAAGAGAGGAAGCAAAGACCUGCGGGCACGGGCAGACGCCCACAACACCCACGUGGGCAUCAAGGCUGUGAAGAGUGGCCUCAGGACCACUUGUAAGUGCCAUGGCGUGUCGGGCUCCUGCGCCGUACGCACCUGCUGGAAGCAGCUCUCCCCAUUCCGAGAGACAGGCCAGGUGCUGAAGCUGCGCUACGACUCAGCGGUCAAGGUGUCCAGUGCCACCAACGAGGCCUUGGGCCGCCUGGAGCUGUGGGCACCUGCUAGGCCAGGCACUCCGACCAAGGGCCUGGCCCCCCGGCCCGGGGACCUGGUCUACAUGGAGGACUCCCCCAGCUUCUGCCGGCCCAGCAAGUACUCCCCGGGCACGGCAGGCAGAGUGUGCUCCCGGGAAGCCAGCUGCAGCAGCCUGUGCUGCGGGCGGGGCUACGACACCCAGAGCCGCCUGGUGGCCUUCUCCUGCCACUGCCAGGUGCAGUGGUGCUGCUACGUGGAGUGCCAGCAGUGCGUGCAGGAGGAGCUCGUGUACACCUGCAAGCACUAG